CCUGGCGUGCUCUGGAACUGCAGCUGUUGUUUCUCCAGCCGUUACGCGGAUCUGCAUCAAGUAGGAUCCACACUUGCUCUCUUCCUUGUGGAGGACUCUCCCACUCUCUUUUUCAGCCUUCAAAGGUUGCCCGUGUAAAAGAAGGGGGCGUGGUGCAAGUUGAAUCAGCAGCCAAUCAGGGCGCCUCGUUCUCUUUCGACGUCACAAUGCCUAGCGAUGCUUAGAACCUGCAGCAGCAGCGGCAACAACAAUAACAAUAACAGAGAGGUUCACUCCCUGGGGCCGAUCGUCUGGGCGUGAGUGGCCGGAGCCAGCAGCAGGAGCAGGCGGCGAGGGCUGCAGCUGCUACCGUCAGCCGCAUCGGAGGGAGGAAGAACAAACCGAGCAACCCAAGAGAGACUCAAAAAUAGAAACGCUUCUUCGCAGAAGCAAUGUCAUCGAGCGAGGCACCCGGGGUGCAAGAAGAGAAUUUGCAGGGUUCCUGGGUGGAACUCCACUUCAGCAGCAAUGGAAAUGGGAAUGCCACUCUGCCAGCCAGCCAGGAGCAAGACCCAGCUUCGAUUUCUAUUCACAAUGGUGACAUGGAGAAAAUUCUUCUAGAUGCCCAACAUGAGUCUGGAAGAAGCAGUUCACGAGAAAGCUCACACUGUGACAGUCCUCCUCGUUCUCAGACGCCUCAGGAUGUUCUCAGAGCUUCUGAAGUAGAGAGCCGUGGUAGUGGAGAAAAGAAUAGUUCUCAGUCUGAAGAAGAUUUCCUGGAAAGAAGGAAAGAAGUUGAACGGCUUUUGAAAAAGAAUUCUGAUUGGAUGUGGGAUUGGUCCAGCAGGCCUGAGAACAUUCCACCCAAGGAGUUUCUGUUUAAACACCCCAAGCGCACAGCUAGCCUCAGCAUGAGAAACACAAGUGUGAUGAAGAAAGGAGGCAUAUUUUCUGCAGAAUUUUUGAAGGUCUUUCUGCCAUCUCUGCUGCUUUCCCAUCUGCUUGCUAUUGGACUAGGGAUUUAUAUUGGAAGACGAUUGACAACCACACCUUCCAGCAGCUCAUUAUAAGAGGGGGAGAAAUUCCUGUCUCCUGCACCACUGUGACAACACCUGUCCAGGCAUGCAAAAUGGUGAAGAAAAGGAACUCUGGAGUGUGCAAUAGCUACCUGGCUCUGUAUGUCUUUUGUUCUGUAAAUAUUGUUCUCCUGGUUUAAUUGUAGAUGGGGAGGAUGAAAAGCAAAGCCAAACUCUAUGUAAGCCCCCCCCCUUUUUUUUUUUGCUCAAUUCUGCAGCAUAUUUUAGAUUUAACAUCUGAUGAGAUUCUGGAGAAAUGAAUUAAUCUUUUUAUAAGUAAUGGUACUAGUGUGUUUCAGGAAAAAAGAAUGUAACUUUCUUGUUAUUUAAGAUAAUACAUCAAGGAUGUGUAUGGCUAUUUCUGCUGUGCAAAGACUGGAUUAGGAUUGCUCGUAGUAGCACUCCCAGGAAAGAUUGGGACAGAAGUAGAUGGGAUCUUGCCUUACAUUUUUAAAGAACAGGAUCUUUUUACUUGAUUUGAAAUAAUUUAACAAUUUGCUUUAAGAUUUAAUAGUGAAUCCUAAAUACUUUUAAUACAAACCUGUGUGGUUGUGAUGGGAUACUUCCCAUUCUCUUUAAAUAUUAACGUGCUGUUCAAUGAUAAUUCAUAAUUGAUAUAUAUAUGCAUGACUUUAGUGUGGUAAGGCAGUUUAUACUAAUGCUGAAACAAAGAUCACUCAAAUGAAAAUUAUGGCAUAAAGCUGAUGUAGCUUGAGGGGAGUUGUGUUGGAUGAACAGUUUCCUUCCCUUCUGCCACUGCAGCUGCUGUACUUCCUGAAAUUGUGCUCCUGGGGUUAAUAGAUCCAGAGAAAACUGGGGAUCUGCAGUAGAAAGGAGAAAUUGGGGCAAAUCAUCCUCUCCUCGGCUGAUUCUGCACACGUUGGAUAAUGCACUUUAAAUGCAUUUUAUCAAUCAUUUGAGGUGGAUUUUUUGUUCCGCACACAAAUCCAUUCCAAAUGAUCUAUAAAGAGGAUUGGAAGUGCAUUAUCCAAUGUGUGCGGAAUCAGUGACAAGUGCUCUUCUGCUUGUUGCACUAACAGAAUGGCACGUUAGGAUCCAACCUUUAUUAACAAUCCAGAUAUUUAAGAAGAAAUAGCAGUGGUAGGUCAUAUAGACUGAAGGUCCAUUCAAAGAUUUUCUAUGACAAGCUCAUAAACCAUGCAAGUUAGGACAGCCACCAGCCGCUAUUCAUCCAGACAUCUGGUAAUUGGAGAGAGACUGCUUCUGAACAUGGAGUUUCUGUUACUGUCAUGUUUACAGUGCCAUUGCCCGAUCUACCUUCUAUACAUUCAUUUAAAGACAUAAAUGGUUAAGAAUAUCUUUUUUGCCCAAUGCAGAUUUGGCGAUAAGCGAAUGUGUCAGGAAAAGAAAUAAAGUUUCAUAACCAAGUCUGUGCAGGCACACAUUGGAAUUCCAGAGUGUAUAAAUCCACAAAUGCAACAUUGCCUUUUCUCAUAAAAGCCUGCCAGACUGGUGCCAUGCAUUCUACUGCUAAAUAAAUUUCAUUGAAGUUCAGUGGGACACAUUGUGUAAUACUGCAGACUUGAUUUUUACGCUGGAGAAUAGUAAGCGCUAUCAGUUUGAUAGCCUCCCCCCAUCUAUAUCAUAGCUUCAACAAUGAGCCUUAAAUGACCUCAAAUAACUGCUUCCUGUUUGGAAAGAAUAGUCAAGUACUGCCUGGCAUCCACCCAUAUUAAUAUUGUGUACUUAUAAUCAUAUCUGUUUAAAAGCAAAUUUGCUUUUCUCAUUGGCUUUGGCCUUAUCAUUUGGCAAACAUAGGUUUUUGUUUUUGUCCUUCUAGAACAGAACUGAAAUUAAUAUAUAGCUGUGUUACUGUGUACAGUGACAUCUCAUGUAAUUCAGCUGUGUAAGCAGUUUGCAUAAUUUGAAAUAUCAUAACUUAAUAAAUUAGGUAGUUAUGGGGGGAGGGAGUAACUCAGUUGGCCACAAUAGGGUUCCAUAUGCUAAGAUUUCCCCAAGUUAGCUGCUACUCCACGCUAACCUAUUCCUUCAAGCAACUGGGGUGGGACCACAGCAUCAUAGCAGAGCAUCUCCUUUGCUUGCACAGAGUCCCAGGUUCAAUUCCAGUUAAAUGGGUGAUGUGAGAGGUGCCUCCCUGAGACCCCGGAGAGUUGCUGCCAGUUAGAGUAGACCAUACUGAUCUUAAUAACUAAUGUUCUGAUUCAGCAUAAAGCAGCAUCGUAUGUAGGAAGUGGCUUCAGUUUGUACUUGCAGCUUUGCUGGAAAGAAUUUCCCCAUCUCCUUUAGAUGAAAAGAACAGCUACUUUAGUGAAGGGAUUUUUUUGCCAACAAGAGGACAUUCUGGCCUUCUAGGUCCUACUGCAGCCUGAAUGUUCCCCGUUUAAAAUGCUGCUCCUGGGAGACAGGAAACCGCUUGAGGGGCAAAUUGAGGAUUUGCAGCAGGUGGGGUGAAAGGGGAAAUGGGCAAAACCCAUUAGCAGAAGUCUGCUGCUAAUCUAAUUUGUAUUAAUUACAAUCUUUGAUUCCUUGGGAAGCUGUAGAACACUCAGUGUAUGUUUAGUUGUUAGUGACAGUUGUAUGUACUUCUGAAGUGAUCACUUGAUUUGUUCUGGACUGUUUGUAGACCUUGACAGUAUCCUUGAAGCUGGUUUUUCCUCCAUCUGCUACAGGAUUGUAAAUACCUACUGCAUUUUUGUGUAAUCGUUUGUACCACUAACUUUAAAACUAUGUUAGAAUAGUAUAUUAAGGGGAAAAUAUCAGAAAUAUCAUCUUCUGGCUAUUCAUAACAUUGACAAGCUGUGAAGUACUUUCUUAUGCAUUGAAUGUAUAUGGCAAGUGAAUUAUAUGAAGACAAUAAAAUGAGUAAACAUC